GAUUAAUACAAUAAAUAAAUAAUAAAUAGAAAAAGAAAAAAGAAACUAACAAUCAAUCAAUUAAAUAAUUAAUUAAUUAUAUAAUUAAUUUCUUAUAUAUUUUCUUAAUAAAAAAGUUAUCUAUUUAUAAUCACUUAAAUAAAAUAUAUGGCUGAGUAUUUCACAUAUUCAAAGAAAAGAAAGGAAUUCAACAAUCCUAUUAACUUUUAGGACACCGAGACCAGAUAUGGUGGCAUUUAAAAUUAAGUUGUCAAUAUCAAUCAAUAUGUUUAGCGUAAUCCAAACUUUAUUGACUUAGAUAACAUAGCAGAACUCUCAGAGCAUUCAGUAAAUACAGAAAGAGUUAAAACUGGUGAUCGUGGUAUGAGUCACAAAGAAGGAGGUUGGCCCGGAAAUGUUGAUCCUAAUGAAGCUUAAGAAACUGGUAGAUUUAAAAAAAGAAUUGAAAAGGAUACCAGUUUCCCUCAAGCUGUUAAAGAUUUAAAGGAAGGAGUUGAAAAGUGCAUUUAUUAAAAUAAUUAAAUCGACCUCUUAGAGGAAUAUUUUGAAGGUGAAACAUCUGAACACGUUGUUGAGAAUCUCUCUUCAAAGACCCUCAUGCUUUUCAAGGAUGAAAAAGAAAUUUGUAAAAGAUCUGUUUCUGAAAUUUCAUGGCAUCCUGAAGGACCUACUAAGGUAGCUGUUUCUUAUGCUAUUAUGCGUUUCUAAUAGAUGCCUGAAAAAAUGCCCACUUAAGCUUACGUUUGGGAUUUGUUGAACCCUAAUUCCCCUGAAAUUAAAUUAAUGUCUCCUUCAGCUGUAACAAAUAUUUCAUACAAUUAAAAAAUACCUGAUCAAAUUGGUGGUGGUUGCUACAACGGUCUUCUUGCUGUUUGGGAUGGAAGAAAAGGUGAAAACCCUAUUAUGAUUUCUCCAGUCGAAAACUCCCAUUAUGAACCUGUCACCCAUUUCCAUUGGUUGAUGAGCAAAACAGGUAGUGAAUGUGUUACAACAAGUACUGAUGGUAAAGUUAUGUGGUGGGAUACUAGAAAAUUCGAAGCUGGUCCUGUUGAAAAGCUAAAUAUUAUUGAAGGUUUAGGUGAAAAUGAAGAAAUCAUUGGUGGUACUGCUCUUGAAUACAACGUCGAAGCUGGUCCUAGUAAAUUUUUGAUUGGUACAGAAUCAGGUUCAAUUUUAACUGCAAACAAGAAACUUAAAAAGCCUGUUGAAAUCACAACUAGAUAUGGAUUAGAUCAAGGCAGACAUUUAGGUCCUGUUUACAGUAUUAAUAGAUCUAACUAAAAUCCUAAAUAUUUCUUAUCAGUUGGUGACUGGUCUUGUAAAAUAUGGGUUGAAGAUCUUAAAACUCCUAUCAUCAGAACCAAAUAUCAUGGUUCUUACCUUUCUGAUGGUUGCUGGUCUCCCACUAGAUCAGGUGCCUUCUUCUUAGUUAGGAGAGAUGGUUGGAUGGAUGUCUGGGAUUACUACUACAGACAAAACGAAAUCGCUUUCUCUCACAAAGUUAGUGACUCACCUUUAACAUGCAUUAAAAUUAACUAAACUGGUGGUGCCUACCAUAAUUCUGGUAAGCUCUGUGCUAUUGGUGAUUAAGAUGGUACUGUUACUAUUCUUGAAUUAUGUGAUUCUCUUUACACAAUGUAACCCAAGGAAAAAGAUAUUAUUAACGAAAUGUUCGAAAGAGAAUACAGAAAGGAAAAGAACUUGGAAACAAUCAAAAAGUAAUAGGAAUUAGCUAAAAGAUAAGUUUAAAAAGAUAUGGGUAGCCAAAAAGAAAAGUGGGAAAAGAAGAAACUUGAAAUGAUUGAAACUGCUGAAGCCAGUUUCCAUGAAAAUCUUGCUAAGAACCCUGUUAAUGAAGAAGAAUUUAAUGAACUUGACUCACCUUCUGAAAAGAGAAAGAAAACUAAUUAAAAUUAAGGUAGAGAAUAAGAAGAAUAAAGCAGAGAAGAAUAAGAAGCAUCUGGUAACUUCAAUUAACAACAAUAGUAAUAAUAAGAAGAAGAAUAGUAGUAAGAAGGGGAAUAAUAACACCAUUAAAAUCAAGAACACCAAAACGGAUAAGGACAUGAAAAUGGCUAAGAGGAAGGUGAAGAAAAUGGUGAAGAAGGUAAUUAAUAAGAAAAUGAAGGAUAAGAAGAAAACGAAUAAUAAUAAGAAUGA